GUUGACUUACAAACUGGACUCUCUGAGUUUUCUGUGCUACAGCGCAGGUUAAAACAUGGCUGGAAUGAAUUUUCAGUAGAGAAUACAGAGCCAAUAUGGAAGAAAUAUCUCAACCAGUUUAAAAACCCCCUCAUCCUCCUGUUGCUGGCUUCCGCUUUAGUAAGCGUCAUCACGAAAGAAUACGAGGACGCCGCGAGCAUCGCCAUGGCGGUGCUCAUCGUGGUCACCGUGGCCUUCAUCCAGGAGUAUCGCUCAGAAAAAUCUCUGGAAGAACUUAACAAGCUGGUGCCCCCCGAGUGCAACUGCCUAAGGGAAGGAAAACUGCAGCAUCUUCUAGCGCGAGAGCUUGUGCCUGGAGAUAUCAUAUAUCUGGCUGUUGGCGACAGGGUUCCUGCAGACCUCAGGCUGAUAGAGGUUACAGAUCUGCUGGUGGAUGAAUCCAGUUUUACUGGGGAAGCUGAGCCUUGCAACAAGACUGACAGUGUCUUACUGGAAGCUGGAGACAUAACCACGCUGAGCAAUGUUGUUUUCAUGGGGACCCUGGUGCGAUACGGAAAGGGAAAAGGCGUAGUUAUUGGAACAGGUGAAAAUUCACAGUUUGGAGAGGUGUUCAAAAUGAUGCAAGCAGAAGAGACCCCCAAAACGCCUCUCCAGAAAAGCAUGGACAGACUGGGGAAGCAACUCACUCUCUUCUCCUUCGGCAUAAUCGGUUUAAUAAUGCUUAUUGGCUGGUUGCAAGGGAAGCAUCUCCUCAGCAUGUUCACGAUUGGAGUUAGCCUGGCGGUGGCUGCCAUCCCAGAGGGCCUUCCCAUCGUGGUCACUGUAACACUGGUGCUGGGCAUUCUCCGGAUGGCCAAGAAAAGGGUGAUUGUGAAGAAGCUUCCCAUAGUAGAAACCUUAGGUUGCUGCAAUGUCAUCUGCUCAGAUAAGACAGGCACUCUGACAGCCAACGAGAUGACGGUGACUUGGCUCGUGACCUCGGAUGGGCUCCAGGCAGAGGUCAGUGGAGUGGGCUACAAUGGAGAAGGAAAUGUUUAUCUUCUGCCAUCAAAGGAGAUUCUUAAAGAAUUUUCCAACAUCUCAGUUGGGAAACUAGUGGAGGCUGGCUGUGUAGUCAAUAAUGCCAUUAUCAGGGAAAAUAGUGUGAUGGGACAGCCCACAGAAGGAGCUCUCAUUGCCCUUGCAAUGAAGAUGGAAUUAGCUGACAUAAAAGAUACUUAUGUAAGAAAGAAGGAAAUUCCGUUUAGCUCUGAACAAAAGUGGAUGGCUGUGAAAUGCACACUGAAAAAUCAGGAUCAGGAAGAGAUUUACUUUAUGAAAGGAGCAUUCGAAGAAGUUAUUCGGUAUUGCACUCUAUAUAACAGCGGUGGCAUCUCGUUAUCACUUACACCCCAGCAGAAAGCCUUCUACCAGCAGGAACUAAAACAAAUGGGCUCCUCAGGUCUACGGGUACUUGCUUUGGCUUCAGGUCCAGAACUCGGCAAACUCACAUUUUUAGGUCUGGUUGGAAUAAUUGAUCCCCCAAGGGCUGGAGUGCGAGAAGCUGUUCAAGUCCUUUCUGAGUCUGGUGUAUCAGUAAAGAUGAUAACUGGAGAUGCCCUGGAAACUGCUGUGGCUAUAGGACAGAAUAUUGGUCUCUGCAAUGGGAAGCUGAAAGCCAUGUCUGGGGAAGAGCUGGACCAAUUGGCAGAGGCAGAGCUAUCAUCCACUGUCAAAAAUGUUUCCAUUUUCUUCAGAACAAGUCCAAAGCACAAACUAAAAAUCAUAAAGGCUUUGCAGAGGGCUGGUGCUGUUGUGUCAAUGACAGGAGAUGGUGUUAACGAUGCCGUGGCCCUUAAAUCUGCCAAUAUCGGGAUUGCAAUGGGACAAGCUGGUACAGAUGUCAGCAAAGAGGCUGCCAACAUGAUUCUCGUGGACGAUGACUUCUCAAAAGUAAUGAAUGCAAUAGAAGAGGGAAAAGGAAUAUUUUACAACAUAAAAAAUUUUGUCCGGUUCCAGUUGAGCACGAGCAUUUCAGCUUUGAGCCUAAUUACUCUGUCAACAGUGCUCAACCUACCAAAUCCACUCAAUGCUAUGCAGAUCUUAUGGAUCAACAUCAUCAUGGAUGGGCCGCCAGCCCAGAGCUUGGGAGUUGAACCUGUUGAUAGGGAUACUAUCAAACAGCCACCCCGAUGCGUCACGGAUACUAUACUCAGCAAAUCAUUGAUCCUGAAAAUCUUCAUGUCAGCGAUAAUUAUCAUCAGUGGAACCCUCUUUGUCUUCUGGAAGGAGAAUCCAAAAAGUGGCAUAACUCCUCGAACCACAACAAUGACUUUUACCUGUUUUGUGUUUUUUGACCUCUUCAAUGCCCUGACAUGCCGCUCUCAGACAAAGUUGAUAUCUGAAAUAGGCUUUUUUCGAAACCGCAUGUUCUGGUAUUCUGUGCUUGGGUCAUUUUUGGGACAGCUGGCUGUGAUAUACGUCCCUCCGUUACAAAAGAUCUUCCAGACAGAGAAUUUAGGAGUGCUAGACCUGCUGUUUCUGACUGGACUGGCUUCCUCAGUUUUCAUUGUGUCAGAGUUUGUCAAACUCUGUGAAAAACGCUGCUGCCGACCAAAGCACACAAAGGGAUGUCAUAACUGA